UUUUAUUGCUUUUCCCUCUUGUGCGAACCUUUCACAACCACCAUACCAGUGACCACGACAGCAGCAGCCCACCACCACGCACCACUGAUUUCCGACCCCCCACUCCAUCACCAACCACCAUUCUCCGGUGAGCCACCAUACGGUAACUGAAGAAAAGUCUGCUUAUUGGUUAAAAAUGGCUGGAUUUGGUAGCCUUGCACCCAAGACCAAGAAUCUGAUUGUUGCUGGAGGUUUAACAGGUUUUGUGUUUGGUGUUUAUUUCUACACAAUGAGAGCUGUUGGGGGUUCAGAUGAGCUACAAGUAGCUAUUGAUAAGUUUGAAUCCAAGAAAAUCGAGAGUGAGCCAGCAUCAAAAUGAAGAAAUAAUGCAUAGCUUUGAACGUGUUUGAAUAAAACUAUAGACCAAUCUGAUUUUCUUGUAUGCUCUUGUUCUUUGGUGUAAUCCUGCAAUUUUCGUAGGUAUAAAAGUUUCUAAGAUUUUGUAUCUCUGUCAAUUCAUUGUUUUGUUUGUGUAA